GUUAUUCCUCAACGGUAGUGGUCAAUUCUGCUUCACGCCUCAUCCUCGUAACGUUGUUAAAGCUCUUGAGCGGUGAACAAGAUACACCGUAAAAGAGUGUCUUCCUGGAGAAAUGGGAAUAAAGAUUCACAGCGGAGAUUUUGAUUAGUUGUGAUAUUUUACUACUAACUUCACUAUAAUCUGAAUUACUUUAGCCUUUUACUGGCAUUCACCCCUCUAGUCAACAACAUAAAUAGUGUAGAAAUAGGGCGUUACCUGUCCUUAUAUCCGUGGGGAGUUGAAUAGCGGCGUACGUGUUUUUUUCUCGGAGCAAAUACCUUACAUCUAUCAGGCUGUUCUCUGGUGAUCACUGCGGGCAUCUUCGGUAUGCUCAGUUUUGCGUUCCAGGCGGCAGCGACUGGGAGUACAUUAUUAAGGUGAACAGAACCAACCAGACCAAUACAGAGGUUUUGGAUUCCAAUUCCAGACUAUGGUUAAUUUAGAAGGUCAAAAGGUGUUUCACAUUUAACUCCUCCAGCUUCUCUGAACCUGCGAUGCGCAUGUUGAACAUGCACAGUGUGAGUGUGGUCUUCCUCCCUCUUAGCCUGGUCCUUCUACUGUUUGGAGGAAUAUGUGGCUUGAUCAGUUCCCUGCCCUGGGGCCCCGCCCUCCUCACUAGCACCGUCUCCUAUCUCUUCUUCUGCAGUGUCCUGACCCUCUCCGGUGUCAGCCUGUACAUCAGCAACUCCGAGCAGGCACUGGCAGAGACCGAGAGUCUGGUGGGGGCUGAGCGUCUGGCCCAGGUGGUCAGCACCUCAUUCGAGCUGGUCCCUGGGCCUGGCUGUCCUUCUGCCUGGAGGUCCUCACUGGCCUGCUGCUGGCUGCCCACCCCGCCCUCCAGAGCGGCUCACCGGGCCACGGCAUACCCUCUGUCCUAACCCAAGAGCCAGGCCCUACAGAAGUGUCACAAGGACUGUACCUUCAAUUUUCAAAUUAUUUUUAUGUGCUCGUCUCUGGCACCACAAAUGAAUUUCCCUCUGGAGAAAUAAAGUUCUUUAUUACAUA